UGCUACUUCUCCCUCCUUACCGUUGUCUGCUCUCCUACCGUUUGCAUCUCAAGCAGACAUGAAUCUCUUGGGCUUUACCGCCGUGCUGGGACUACUCGUGGGGGUUUGGGCUCAGAUCGACGUGCUGAAGCCGCCGUGCGACUCCCUUGUUGCGGAGGAGGUUGGUGAGGUGGCUCAGGAUUACCUCAAUGCCCACCACAAAAGUGGCUUCAAGCAUAGGCUGAACAGGAUCGAAGACAUCAAGGUCUUCACCAAGCCUGAUGGAGACAACACGUACAAAAUUGAAAUUGACCUGCUGGAGACAGACUGCCAUGUGCUGGACCCCACACCUGUUGCUAACUGCACAGUCAGGCCCAAAGCACUGACGGCGAUAGAAGGAGACUGCGACGUGGUGCUGCAGAAGGUCGGUGGAGCUCUGACUGUCACGGCCUUCAAGUGUAAAACAGAAGAAUCAACGGAGGACAUGUGCCUGGGCUGUCCGACCCUCCUUCCUCUAAAUCACACUGUGGCGCUGGACUUUGUCAGCACCUCUCUGGGAACCUUUAACAACAGGACUGAGAACAUAUCGUACGUUGUUCAGGAGGUCGGACGGAUGUCAUCACAGAUUGUGGCUGGUGGACCAAUCUAUUUAGCAGAAUACGUUAUAGUCGAGGCCAACUGCACUGAUGAUCCCUGCGUGCCCCUCAACGAUGUCAUGGCUAGUCGUGGUAUUUGCACCGCCAAGGGCCUGAACAGCCUUCACACAGUGGACUGCAAGAUGUUUCCCACUCUGAUGCCCUUUGUAGAUACCAAUAGCACGUCAGCCGCAGACCCUGCCAUCCCACCGGUGGUUCAUGCAACGUACAAGCACGGCAGGAAACAUCACUUACUGACCGCUUUCCAUAACCCUCAUCUGAGCGGCUAUCUGUCUGCAGAAUCAGCAGAGUCCGCUGAAGUUGUACCUGUAGUCCCUGUAGUGCUUGACAUUGCUCCUGCUGCUGCUGAUCCUGUACCGACUGCUGCCGAUCCUGUACCUGCUGCUGCUGAUCCUGUACCAGCUGCUGCUGAUCCUGCUUCAGAUGCUUCAGAUGCUUCAGACGCUUCAGAAGAACCGAGCAGUAAGGAUCUUGGUGGUCUUAAGUUUAAGAGAGAAGCCCCUGCUCAACUUGUGUCUGCUCCGGCUGAUGCCCCUGCAGCUUCAGCAGGUCCCAUCGCUGCUAUGCCAGUCUGCCCGGGAAAAGUCAAAUUCUUCUAAGUGUUCGGGUCCCACAGACUCUCUAUGGUUGCUUCCUUUGACUACACUGGUACCAGAGUAACUUUAACGGAUACACAAAGGUGUGCUGUGGUAGGCGAAUGUAACACGAAUACACUAUCAAAUGGGGAAUAAUAAAUUGUUUGAAAUUGUCAAAUCACAGAAGAACAAAACAACUUCUGAAAUUUCUUUUAAAAAAUGGAUUACAUGCUGUUAAAUAAAUCUCUCCAGUCAAAA